CAAAUAUUUUUGUAAUGUGUUGUAUGGGUCCAAACUGGUUUCCUUGGUCUAAGAACAUGGUUUGGAGAUUCACCCCUUUGCCAUAUAUGACAAUGUUUUAGAAAUUUCAUAUUUUUCUAUACUUUCGAAGACUGAUCCUUUUGGGAAUCAACUUCCUUCAAUUUCGUUUCUUUGAAGAAAAAUUCAAUCUGGAUCGUGCUUUUUUUGCCCCACAGUUGAGGUUUGCACGCAGCAAGAAUGAACAAAAACUGGAAAUCCAGCUGCUUCAGGGAUCCUGUGUUCCUUCUAGCGUUGUGUUUGUUCUUUCAGAACUUUAGUUCCUGUUGCUCUUUGAAUGAAGAAGGUAAAGCUCUUCUGAAGUUCAAGCAGGGAAUAGUAAGAGACCCUUUUGGUGCUUUGUCAAAUUGGGUUAACGAUGAAGUAGCAGUUAACCAUUGUAAUUGGUUUGGAGUUGAGUGCUCUGCUGGAAGAGUGGUAGUCUUGAAUUUGAAAGACCUUUGCCUUGAAGGAAAUCUGGUACCUGAGCUCGCGAACCUUGUUCACAUAAAGUCCAUAAUUUUGCGGAACAAUUCUUUUUAUGGAAUCAUCCCUGAAGGAAUUGCACACUUGGAUGAAUUGGAGGUUUUGGAUUUGGGCUACAACAACUUCAGUGGACAUCUACCUACAGAUCUUGGGAAUAAUAUUUCGCUAACAAUCCUUUUGUUGGACAACAAUGAACAUCUCUGUGGUUUCUCUCCUGAAAUUAAUAAAUUGAUGUUGAUUUCUGAAUAUCAAGUAGACGAAAGACAACUGAGUCUGGCAGCAAAAGUGCCAGCUUGUACAAGAAGAUUCAUCAAACGGCACAUUGGCAAAAAUAAGAAAGGUUUAAGGAGGCUACUGCAAUCUUCUCGUGAUAGCAAUUCUUUUAACCGUGCUGCUUGGUUUCCUGAUAGUCCUCCUCCAUCUUCUUCAGCUCCCUCACCGGCCCCAGCAACACCGCCACCGGUUGAGGAACCAACUUUCACUGACCGAAAUGAUUCUGCUUCUCCUUCUCCUUCUCUGCCUGAACCGCGCUCUGAACCACCAUCUACAAGUGGCUCAUCAGAUAGCAGUGGCUCAUCAGAUAGCAAUGUUGUUGCUAUUUUGGCUGGAGUUAUAGGUGGUGUUGUAUUUCUUGUCAUUUCAAUCAUUGGCAUAUAUCUCUGCAAAACAAACAAGGUAGCUACUGUAAAACCUUGGGCGACAGGAUUAAGUGGACAGCUUCAGAAGGCAUUCAUAACAGGUGUGCCAAAGCUGAAGAGAUCAGAGCUUGAAGCAGCAUGUGAAGAUUUUAGUAAUGUAAUUGGCACUUCUUCCAUUGGUACAGUGUACAAAGGGACUUUGUCCACUGGUGUUGAAAUAGCCGUGGCCUCUGUUGCAGCGACAUCAUCAAAAGAUUGGUCAAAGACUUUAGAAGCCCAAUUUAGGAAGAAGAUAGAUACAUUAUCAAAAGUGAACCACAAGAAUUUUGUAAAUCUUCUUGGACAUUGUGAAGAAGACGAGCCUUUCACCAGAAUGGUGGUUUUUGAGUAUGCCCCAAAUGGAACACUCUUUGAGCAUUUGCACAUAAAAGAAGCUGAGCACUUGGAUUGGGAAACAAGACUCAGAGUUGCCAUGGGUAUGGCUUACUGCCUACAACAUGUGCACCAGUUGGAGCCUCCUUUGGUUAUUGGCAACCUGAAUUCUUCAGCGGUUCAACUCACGGAUGAUUGUGCUGCCAAAAUCUCUGAUUUGAGUUUCUUAACUGAAAUAGCUUCAGCUGUGAUGAAAUCUUCUGCUAGACAACACCCUGACAUGACCCCAGCAAGUAACAUUUACAGUUUUGGUGUUAUAUUAUUUGAAAUGGUGUCAGGCAGGCUCCCUUAUUCAGUGGACAAUGAUGGCUCACUUGAUGACUGGGCUUCACAAUAUUUACAUGGGGAUCAGCCCCUCAAAGAAAUGGUGGAUCCAUCUCUGGCGUCCUUCCAACAAGAACAGCUGGAACAAGUUGAUGCUUUGAUCAAAUCUUGUGUCCACCCUGAUCCAAAGCAAAGACCAACUAUGAAAGAAAUUUGUGUGAGAUUAAGAGAGAUAACAAAAAUAACUCCCGAGGCAGCUGUUCCAAAACUUUCUCCACUUUGGUGGGCGGAGCUUGAGAUUGCCUCGGUAAAUGGAAACUGAAAUCAGUUAAUCAGGUUGUAAGUAUGAAGUUCUUAUCCUCAUCCUUUUUCAAUCGGUGAAGGCAUAAAAAUGCAUUCACUUGUACAUUAAUACAUCCCGUGUUUCAUCAUAGAAGAGUGGCAAAUCACAUGUACAUAAGGGAGAGAUAAAAAUGUGAUUUUUUCUUUCUUUGGGUGCUCUGUUUGGUUAUGCUUUAUGGAAUUAAACUAACAAAAAAAGCUUCAAAUAUCAGUUAGUUUCAUUUUCG